UUUCGUGUCUACGAGUUGUACUACUUGCAACAGCAAAAAGUUGAGCUUCGCGAAUAAGUUUCUACGCAAUUCAAUCCAAAAUAGAAAUGAAAUCCGCCGCGGUUGUUUUCGUCGCUGUUUUCGCGUUGGCUUUGGCCAUUCCGGUGCCAGAUAAGGAUGCCCAGACCUUGCGUUUCGAUAAUGACCACAAGGGAAUUGAUGGGUACAACUACGAGGUAGAAACCAGCAACGGAAUCCGCCAACAGGAACAGGCUGAACUGAGGAGCUUCGGAGAAGAUAACGCGGCCAUUGUGGUUCGUGGAUCGUACUCGUUUACCGCUGACGAUGGACAGGUUUAUACCGUGAACUAUAUCGCCGAUGAGAAUGGUUUCCAACCGGAAGCGCCACAUCUACCAAAGGCUUAGGAUUUACUGUUGUGAAGAGGUGAAAUCCAUAAUAAGAUACAGUGUUGAGUGUUACAGAUGACUGAUUGGAUAUAAAUAUAUAUUAUGAGAUAACUCAGUAA